UGUUAUUUUGUACAUUUAUUAAACUGAGAUUUCUGAGCACGUUGGGACUUGCGGCAUCUUUCCCUUUUAGCUGACGUUUGAAUCGUCUUUAUGGCCAAAUUCUGCUGCGAUCUACUCGUAGAAGCCGAUACCCAUCACACCCAAAUUCGAUUUUGAUUUCUCUCUCUCUCUCUCUCUCUCACUCAUGGCAAUUGCUGUAGCUUCUUCACUUACCUUUGAAGGGGCUCCUUGCUCGAAAUCGUACGCAUUCACAAGCAGUUGGAAUAGAUCUUCUUUUGACGUUUGUGGCAGAAAUAAAAAAUUUGGAUCAACAGAAUUUCAUUGGUUGUCUAAGGGACGUGACCUUUGCUUGUCAAAAGUUUCAGUCGCUGCUGAUUACCCAGAUUCAGUUCCAGAUUCUUCAAGUUAUUUAACUAACAAAGGUUAUCAUCCCCUUGAAGAUCUAAAAGUUUGCAAAAGUGUACGGAAUACAGAACUCACUGCUGCAGAAGUAGCAAGGACUGCCGUGGAGGUCAAUAGCAAUGCUCUGCUGUUAUUUCCUGGAACUGUGCACAGUGAACCACAUGAACAAGUAUCGUGGGAUGAGUUUCAAUAUGUCACUGACGAUUAUGGAGAUUUGUAUUUUGAAAUUUUUGAUAGUGUGAACAUGUUAGAAGAUCGGCGAGCACACAACCCUGUGAAUGCCUUGAUUGGAAUGGACAUGCAAAUGUAUGAGAGUAGGAGGAUAGUUGGAGAUUAUAGUGAUGUAGAUAGUGGCUAUGGUGAUGUUGCUCCUUUUGAUUAUGAUUAUAUUGAGGUAGUGGAAGCUGAUUUAGCCAAUAUUCCAGUUGACUGGGGAGUUCCUGAUGUUUCUAGCAUGGUUCAUCCUGUAUAUUUUGCUAAGUGCUUGAAAAAGGUUAUCAAUAUGGAAUAUGACAGAAACAUGAAGCAUCCUUCCAAUGGGGUUUCCAUAUUGGGAUGUCUCAGACCUGCAUAUGCUGAUGAAGAAUCUUAUAUAAGAAGAUUAUUUUACUUCGAAGAAAGUGAAGGCUACAACACAGAAUGGAAAGGUUUAGAAGGCGAAACCUCAAACUUGGAGUCCAAAAUUGAUAGAAGCAGUCAAAGAUCCACUCUCUACAGGUUGGAGAUAAUGAGAAUUGAGCUCUUCUCUGUGUAUGGAGUUCAGUCUGAAGUUAGUUUGCAAGAUUUUCAAGAUGCUGAACCUGAUAUUCUUUUGCACUCUACUGCGGAAAUUCUAGAGCGUUUUAAUGAGAAGGGUAUUAAGUGCAAUAUUGCCCUUAAAGCUCUUUGCAAAAAGAGGGGUCUUCAUGUUGAGGAUGCUAUUUUGAUCGGAGUUGAUAGUCUUGGCAUGGAUGUGAGAGUAUGUGUUGGGACGGAAGUACGGACUUUUCGAUUUCCCUUUAAAAUCAGGGCAACGUCAGAAGCUGCAGCAGAGAAGCAGAUUCAGCAACUCUUGUUCCCACGAUCUCGUCGUAAAAAACUACGAAGCCAUGGGGAUGGAUUGAGAGAUACUGUCAGUUUUUAGAACGCCCUCUGCGUUAUUUUGACAUUUGGUGGUUCCUAGAAAUAAAUUUCAAAGCUAAGGCGACUUCUUUUACUUAAAUCCGUCAUAGCAUUAGUUUUUGUUUGAGAAUUGUACGGUUCAAGUUGAUAAUUUGUCUCGUUUUUUAUUGGAUUUCUUUGUCUGCUCUUAUUUUUUCUUGGUAUUACCCUCUUGACUUUCAUAUCCGAA